CGGCACCCGCCGCCGCGCCCGCCGCCGGCGAGCCUGCAUCCCGCGGGGCGAGCGCGCGCGGGCGCGGGCGGGCGCGGGCGGGCGCGGGGCCGAGUUUCUGCAAAGUUUGACCUGGUUGCCUUUCGGAUGCUGCGGCAGCGCGGGCCGGCGCGGGGCUGCGGCGCGGCGCGCUCGCCAUGGCCGUGAAAUAGGGCGGCGCGCGGGCUGGGGGCGAGCCGGCCCCGAGCGUCCCCGCGCCGCCGCGACCCCCGGCCCGGGGCAGGGGCGCCCCCGGCCGUGCCCGCGCGGGGCCGGGGCGCCGGAGCGGCCCGAGGGGCAGAAUAUCGGUGAUUUUUAGCCACUGCGAGCGGCCGCGGAGAACAGCCCGGGCUCCGGGGAUGCAGCGGCGGAACCCUUAUUUCUGAGCAGGCCCGCUGCGCCCAGAGCCGCCGCCUCCGUCCCGCCCUCCAGGCCCGAGCGAGCGAGCGAGCGGAGCCCCGCGGCGCUGGGUCCCGCAGCCUCCACCCUGUCAAUGCCCAGUCUGCCCUGGGACUGGGGCCCGUCGCUGGAGAUCAGAGCCGUGCUGCUGGCCAUGGGCUGUAUCCAGAGCAUCGGGGACAAGGCCAGGGUCUUCCGGGAGGGCAUCACCGUGACGGAUGUGAAGGCGUCCAUCGACCCCGUCCCCACCAGCAUCGACGAAUCCUCCAGCGUGGUGCUCCGCUACCGGACUCCCCACUUCCGGGCCUCGGCCCAGGUCGUCAUGCCGCCCAUCCCCAGGAAGGAGACGUGGGUCGUGGGCUGGAUCCAGGCCUGCAGCCACAUGGAGUUCUACAACCACUAUGGGGACCAGGGCAUGUCCAGCUGGGAGCUCCCGGACCUGCAGGAGGGCAGGAUCGAGGCCAUCAGCGACUCGGACGGCGUGAACUACCCCUGGUACGGCAACACCACAGAGACGUGCACCAUCGUGGGCCCCACCCGGAGGGACUCCAAGUUCAUCAUCAGCAUGAACGACAACUUCUACCCCAGCGUCACGUGGGCCGUGCCCGUCAGCGAGAGCAACGUGGCCCGGCUGACCAAGAUCUACCGCAACCAGAGCUUCACCACGUGGCUGGUGGCCACCAACACGGCCACCAACGACAUGCUGGUCCUUCAGACGCUGCACUGGCGCAUGCAGCUCAACAUCGAGGUGAACCCGAGCCGGCCCCUGGGCCAGCGCGCGCGCCUGCGGGAGCCCAUCGCCCAGGACCAGCCCAAGAUCCUGAGCACCAACGAGCCCAUCCCGCCCAGCGCGCUGGUCAAGCCCAACGCCAACGACGCGCAGGUCCUCAUGUGGCGGCCCAAGUACGGGCAGCCCAUGGUGGUGAUCCCGCCCAAGCACCGGUGACGCCGCGCGCCCCCCGGACCCCAGCCCUCCGGCCGAACACAACCAUUCUACCUGGCGUGGGCCGCGAGAGCCCCCCGCCCCGCCCCCGCAGCGCCCCGCGCCCCGCCCCUGCCCGCGCCCCCGGAACAACGGCUUUUCCACCCCUGGUUGUUGGUUCCGAGCCCCUCCCUCACGCGGCCUUAGUAACUCGCUUUGCCAAACUUCUGCCUUAAGCCGGAUUUCAAGGAGGAACCACCCACCCGCCCGGACAGAGGGACAGGCCAGCUGGGCCCCCCUCCCCCGGCCCUGCCCGCCGUCGCCGCAGGGAUGGGGCUGGGGGAGCCGGUCCGGCUGGGGAGGUGCUGGGUCCCCCCCAAACCAGCCGCUUUAGUCUCAGCUGUGAGUCCAGACUCGGACGCGCCCUCUCUCGCUUUGACACGGCCCCCCCGCCCCGCGCCCCCUCCCCACGAGAAGGGCUGAGCUCCGGCAGGGGCACCUCCGCCAGGGAGCCCCCUCCCCAGCAGCCUUAACUUGCCUGGGUGGGCCUGGGGGCUGGGGGUCCGGACCGCCUGCCUGCGUGCACCUGCCGGCCCGCGUGGGCUGGCGGGGGUUACAGGGCAGCCGCCGCCGGAAGUGAGGGUCGGGGGCUGGCCCCCAGAGGAGGCCUUGUUGGAGACCCCCGCCCCGCCCCGUACUCGCCUCCAGGGACAGAUCUCCGAGGCCCGGAGCGGGGCCGGGGGCCGGGGGCGCCCAGCUUUGCCACCUGGAGCUUUAAGGGACCCCCUGCCCGUGUCCGCCCCCUGCUCGCCCCCGGAACCGCUGUCCCCCUCAGAAGCCGCGAAGGUGCCCCUGCCCCUCGCUUGUGGGUGGGGGGAGGCGGUCGCGGCUCCUCCCCCCACGUGGUAGUGGACGCCUUAAAGGGUGCUCGGCGCAGCCCCCCUCUGGCCCCCGCCUCAUCCUGGGUUCCUGGGUGGGCGCUGGGCCCGAGGCCCCCCAUGGGUGCCUGGUGCUUGGGGGAGCCCCUCCGCCUGGCCAGGACACUGCCGGCCCUGGGCGAGUGCCGGGGGCGGGGGGAGCCAGGGGGCCCCACUCCCCCUGGGCUCCCCGGGCGGGGGGUCUUCUCUGCACUCAGGUCUUUCACGCGCUGGAAAAAGGGGGCUCAGGAGGUCAGGGAGAUUGGGGCGGGGGUGGCGGUGCUGAAGGACAGACAGUGGGUGACCCUGCGCUCCGGGGGGCAGGCCGGCUUGAGUCCCCCUGGGGACGUGCUGCUCUGACUGCCCCGCCCCCAGGCCGCAGGCCCCGCCCCCAGGCCGCAGGCCCCGCCCCUCCCCGGGCCCCGCCCUCUCCAAGGAACCUGGGGGCUCCCCCGGCUGGGGUCCCCGUCCCUGGCCUGCAGCCUCCAGCAAUAAGGACCGCCCCGGCCUGGAAACUACUGUGAAACGAGCCGCCGAUCCUACCGCCGGACUCUCGAAAACGUGCAAAACGAAUUGUUGAUUUUUUAAAAAAGCAUUCAGAAAAAGAAAUAAAAUAUAAUUUUAAAGUAG